AUGGCUUUACCAACAGAAGCUCAAAGACCUUUUCGACUUUAUGUGACCCAUGUGGAUGGUGAGGGGCAUUUUCUGAAGAUAAGUGGUCAGCUCGAUCAGCAGUCCUCGUUAAUGGUAGAGAGUUUAUUUGAAACGGCUAAAGAAAAUUUAGAAAAAGGUGUAGGAGCAGUGCCACCGGCAGCUAUUCAUGAAGGUAUAAUUUGUGCCGCCAAAUACAAAGAUGGAACGUAUUAUAGAGCUAAAAUUAUAAGCACAACAAAUCUCGCUACUGGCUUAGUUGGAGUUCACUUUAUUGAUUAUGGUAAUAAAGACAUUAUAUCCCUAAGUACUAUACGUUUCUUAGAUAGUUAUGAUCCAAUGUUUUUACAAUUACGAGGACAAGCAACCGACUAUUAUUUGUCUCGUGUUAUGCAUCCAUCUGGAAGAUGGGAAGAACCUCUCCUUCUAAAACUUCAAAGUUUACUUUGCUAUGCUGAAUACCCAGCGGCAGUGGAAGCUCAGACACGAACUCUUCCGAUAAUAUCAAUUCAAUUUAAAGGAAAUGAUCUUUCGACUCAUUUAGUAUCUAAUCGAUUUGGAAUAGCAAUACCUGUACCUAAGCAAGAAGUUCUUCUGUUACAAAUGACUGAUAAUCAACAGGUAACAAGCUGGUCACCAAGUCUACUAAAUGAUCCUCCAUCCUUUACUGAACAUGUUCCAUUCCUUAUCAAUCAAAACUUCCCCAAUCCAGCUUCAGCUAUGCAAAUAAAUCAGAAUAUAGCAGUGCCACAUAAUGGAGCACCAGCUCUAUCUGGAGUGAGUCAAAGAUUGUUAGUUAACAAGGCAUCAAGGAAUAUGGUUAAUCUUAGAGCACCUGUCCGUCAGCCUCAACAUGCACCCUCUACUGCAGUUCCAUUGCCUGCUACACCCCCACCUACACCAAUUCACCCAACAAACAAACCACCUUCUCCAAAGAAAUCAACAACAUAUAAAAGCAGACUAUUAGAAGUAAACUCUCAGCACAAAGUGUUUGUAUCAUUUGCUGAAGAGGGUCCAGAACUAUUUGCAGUGCAACUUGUAUAUGAUGCCAAGAAACUGCAGGAAAUGAUGGAUGAUAUUAAUAGGAGGCCACAUAGUAGCCUGGCUGAGCCACCAAUGAUUGGAACUGUGUGCCUCGGUAGAAUGUCUGGAGACCGUAUCAUUUGCAGAGCAAUUGUUAUGAAUCUAUCUGGAUCCCAAUGUAAAUUGUUUUUUGUAGAUUUUGGUGAUACUGAAAUGGUGUCAUACUAUGAUAUAUUUGAUAUUCCAGAAGAGUUUGUAAAGCCUAAUGUUUUUGCAAUGCGAUUCUGCCUUUCUGGUGUUAAGAAAUUACAGAAGAGUCCACAUUUGAAUGAGUCUUUCAAGCAGUUGGUUAAUGGAAAAGUGUUGACUUUAAGGGUCGUAGCACCAGAGGGUCCACCAUUAAUUCAGUAUGGAGAACUGUUCUUAGAUAACAAGAAUGUAUUAGACUUGUUAAUGUCAAAUAUGAAAGACAACUUACAAUUUAAAUGGAUGGAUAUGUUGCCUUUAGGAAGUAAACAAUCAGUAUUAGUGUCAUAUGUGGACAGUUGUAUAAAAUUCUAUGUCCAGUUAUCAGAUAAGAUUGAUGAUUUGAAUGCCGUUAUGGAAGCUGUUAAGAAUCACUGUGAAAGUAGUUCUUCUCCUGGGGAGCUGCCUGUAGGUGCUGUUUGCUGUGCCAGGUUCCCUGAUGAUGACAAUUGGUACAGAGCAAUGGUGAGAGAUACUCGAGGGGGGAAAAUUGUGGUUGCAUAUGUAGAUUAUGGCAAUGAACAAGAAGUUGAUGUUAAUGACUUGAGAACAAUAACACCAGAUCUCACUAAAUUGCCAGCACAAGCUAUGAAAUGUGCACUAAAAGGUUACGAAAACAAGCCAGUGGAAUCGAAAACGUCCAAUCAGCUGGAAAUGAUAGCUUUAGAGAAAACACUAAUGGCACAUGUAGUUGGGGUAUUGUCAAGUGACACCAUGUUAGUGUCACUAGUGGAUGACACUGUGUCACCGCCGUUGGACGUGGCUAAACGUAUGCAUCAACUAUCACAACCGAGAACUAAUGCAGAGAUUAAAGCUGCUACUACCCCAGUACGUAAGGAUGCGCCAGAAACUAUCAGUUCGCCAGAAGGUAGCGUUCCUGAUGAGAGGAAGAAGAGUUUUCGCCGUGAAAAAAGUUUCCGAGAAGAAAGGAGAAGAGAUGGUGAUGAAUUUGGUCAAAGAGGAGGCAGUUUUCGGAGCCGGGAUCAAAGGGAAGGCUUUGAACGAUCGGGACCGGGUCGUCACAGUGACAAGUAUGGAGCAAGAUCCGAUAGAGGCGAUAGGCGUGGUCCCAACAAAUCUUGGGAAAACAAUACUCCAGCGGUCCCCGCCGCCAACGAUGACGAUUGGGAAGAAUCACCUCCGCAGCAGCAAAACAUGAUACCUCCCUCACGUCCGAGCAGGGAUAGAGAUAAUAGAGAAAGAAGAAAACCAAAAAUGAACGAAAACAAUCAAGAAAAGCGAAAUUGGAAGAAGGAAGGCAGUGGCGUCGGCAAGCGGCUGCGGCAGGCGGCCGAGGCCGCGUCCGUCGACGCGCAGGCGCAUAAAGUGCAGGAACGAUUGAAACGAGAUAAUAGGUUCAAUCAAGAUGAUGAACACAGUAAAUCAGACGAUCGAGGAAAUAGGAACUUCAGGCCUGAUAGACGGGAGAGAGGGGAACGUCGGGAUAAUUGGGGCGAUAAAAAAGAAAAUUGGAACCAAAAGCGAGAGUAUCGUGAUAAUAGAGGUGAAAGGGGUGAAAGAGAUAAUAGGGAAGAUAGGGAUAAUAGAAGAGAUAGAGACAAUAGGGGAGAUAGAGACAAUAGGGGAGAUAGAGAGAAUAGGGGAGAUAGAGAGAAUAGGGGAGAUAGAGAGAAUAGGAGAGAUAGAGAUAAUAGGGGAGCAAGAGGAAGAAGUAACUUCACUCCGCGAGAACGUGCCGACCGAUCCUUCGCAUCAGAUAGCGACAAGAGAUCCGAAAGAAGCUUCCGAUCGCAAGAUGGCAGAGAACGUAGACCCCCAUUCAAAAGAUUUAACCAAGUACAAUGCAAAGAACUGUCGAAUCCAUUACCACUAGAAACUCCGUUCACAGAACCGACAGUAGAGAUAGGUUCUCAACAUGAAGUCUCCGUCACUUGGAUCAUUUCACCAGAAAAUUUCUACACCCAAAUACUCUCACUGCAACCUAAAUUCCUAGAAAUGAUGCACAAGAUCCCAGAGCUAUAUAAAGGGGUUAAGUCUUAUUCUGGUAACAUAUUUGUUGGUGCGUCAGUAUUAGCUCGAUAUCCCGCAGACGGAGUUCUAUAUCGAGCCACAAUAGUUUCGGUGCAUCCAUUUUCCAAAUUUAUCGUACGCUAUGUCGAUUUCGGGAACAAACAGUUAGUUGAUGCGAAGGAUAUUUGGCAAAUGGAAAGUGAAUUGAUGGAACUGCCGAAAAUGGCGGUCCAUUGUUCUUUGAACGGUGUAGGGCCAAAGGACGGCGAAUGGAAAGCCGACCCUGAGAUAGAUUUAUGCUUCAACGCGCCGAGAUAUCAAUGUGUAUUCCAAGAAUGUACUGAGGAGCAAUACAAAGUGUCCCUGUGGAAUAAUGGCGUGAGUGUGGCCGACACGUUGGUUGAGAAACAGCUGGCUGUUAUGUCCGAGACGCAGGCGUCCGUGACUCUCAAAGAUGAAGCUAUCGACCUAACCAUAAUAGUGGGGCAACAGUUGCUAUGUCGAGUGACUUAUGUAGAGUCGUACGAGAAGUUCUACGUGCAACUCGACUUGGACAAGGCCAAUUUAGUAGAAAACGCUAUCGCUAACUUUGAUCAAGCUAAGCUGACCCCGCUGUCGGCGGACAGCCUGGCGGAGGGCGUGCACUGCACGCUGCGGCGCGCGGGCGCCGUGCACCGCGCCAUCCUGCGCGACGCGCGCGACCCGCUCGCCGUCGCCGCCGUGCUGCCCGACUACGGGGAGACGGUCACCACUGCUCUGUCUAAUUUGAUGAUUCUACCAACGGAGCUAAGUGUGUAUUAUUACCAGUCCUUGCAAUGCUGCCUUAACAACUAUACCUCAGAAUCAAAGACAUUAGUAUCUCUGGAUGAAUUGAAAACCAAACUGACUGGUAACAAAUUCAUCAUAUACGUAAAUGAUGUUGAAGAUGUCAGACUAAUUUCAACGUUAUACGACGCAAAAACAGGACAAAAGAUAUCCAUUUUCGAGCCAGAUGAAGGCGCUUACGACGAAGUAGUGCAGCUCUGUACGAGGGCAGUGUUCAACUAUAACUUUGGCAAUGCCUAUAUAUCCCAUAUAGAGAACCUCAACGAGUUGUACUUACAGAAGUCCACGGAUGAAGAUAAAAUAGCGGCUCUGUUGGAGGAACUGUUCAAGUUUUAUGAAGAAGGCUCUCCUGAACCAUUAACUGAAUUUGAAGUGGAUGGUUUGUGCGCAGUGAAAUCAUCUGAUGGCAACUGGUACCGAGCUACAAUUGUUAGUUCUACUGAAACGGAGGUCAAGGUUCAAUACCCGGAUUAUGGCAACUCUGAAACCGUCGUUAAAGAAGUUGUAAAGAAACUGGACUCCAAAUUCUAUGAGCCGUGUGCUCUAGCAUUAGUUGCAAGUCUAAGCCUUGUAGCUUUACAGGACGAUGCGGUCGCGAAACUAACAGAAUGGACGGAUGAGAAGGAAGUGCAAGUUACGCUGACUUUCGGUAACGACGGCUGGCUCGCUAACUUACACAUAGAUGGCGUCGAUCUGUCCAUGAAGCUCGUUAAUGAGAAAUUAGCAGCACCGCAAAUAGCGAACGAAAUCGAAGAAGAACCUAAGGCUGAAACGCCGGUAGAGGAACAGGAACCUAUCUCAUUACCUGAAGGCUGUACUCAAGUAUACAUCAGCCAUAUUGACUCGCCCGGACACUUCUGGCUACAGAUGGUCGAUAAAGUAGAAAAAAUUGAUGAAAUACAAGCAGAACUACAAGCGAAUUCUGAUAAUUACCCAGAUAUCGAGACCCGUGAAAUGAACACUUUGUGUAUCGCCAAAUAUUCCGCUGAUGACCUGUGGUAUCGAGCAGAGAUCCUCGAUUCCGAUUCUGAUAUAACAACCGUGCGAUUUAUUGAUUAUGGUAACACCGAUGUGUUGGAUAACCAGCCCGGCUUGAUAAAAACUAUGCCGGAUAAUUUAAAAGAUAUAGAAAGAUUUGCAAUUAAAUCCAGUGUAAAUGCGGUUCCAACUGGUACGGGACAGUGGUCUGAGCCCGCGUCGGACUAUUUCACGCAAUUAGUAGGCGAUACUUCAAACCCAGUGGAUGCCCUGAUUGUGCUGAAAGAUGUCACUACAUAUGUAGAUAUAUUCGUUAAUGGACAAAACUUAACGGAUAAACUCGUGUCUGAGGGACACGCAACGAGAUCAGAAGAGACUGAAUGUGGUGACUUGCCGUCUUGUUUUGCUAGUCAUGUCAAUUCGCCGUCCGAAUUUUGGAUUCAGUUAGAAACUGCAGCACCCGAGCUGCAAACGAUGGAAGCGGCUAUGGUCGACGCAGAGAACUUCCCCGAAUUGACCGAAAAGGAAGAAGGAGUUUUAUGUGCCGCCAAAUAUCCAGAAGAUGGGGCUUGGUACAGAGCUCAAGUGAUCGUCGAUGGUUCGGAAGGCACGGAAGUGUUGUUUAUGGAUUACGGAAACGCGUCAAUAGCUAAUGAAUUACGUAGUCUUCCAGACGAGCUUAAAUUAAAGCCGGCCCUUUCGAGAAAAUGUGCCUUACAAAAACCACGUGAUAUCAAAUCUUGGUCGCGGAAGUCUGAAAUCAAAUUCAACGAACUAGCAGCAGAGGGCGCUACGAUAUUUAACGUCCAGUUUAUUGCCUCAGGUGAUAUUUCUAUCGUGGAACUGUAUCUAGAAGGUAAAUCUGUUACUGAGGAACUAGUAGGUCUUUGUGAGGAACAUCCAGCAUCUGAGAGACCGACGCCUGUAGGGCAAGAUUUACACAGCAGCGGUAAAGUAUGUUAUGUAAACGACUUCGAAGAGUUUUACGUACAAUUGGAAGACUCUACAUCAACCCUUGAUAAAGUAACCGAAAAAUUAGUGGGCGCUGAACAGUUUGAACCUAUUGGUGAGUUAAAAGUGGGCUCGAUAUGUGCUGCGUUUUGGACGGAAGACGAAAAAUGGUACAGAGCUAGGAUCUUGGAAUUUUGUGACGUCGGAUAUCACGUGCAAUUUAUUGAUUAUGGAAACAAAGCGAAAUGUGAGGAGUUCAGGCAGCUACCAGAAGAGAUUGCGGUAAUAGAACCGUUGGCAAAGUGCUGCCGGUUAGCAGGUUUUACAGACGACCAGUCGAACGAGUCCGCUAAAUCGAAGUUAGAAGAUCUAGUCGCCGAACUGGUCACAUUACAAAUAGAAUUUUUAGAUAGUGUCAAAGAGCCAUCUUUAGUACGACUACUUUUAAAUGGCACGGACUUGAGUUCAGUAUUAAAGAGUGAUACUCCAGAUCUUGUGACUGAAGACGAAAAACGAGAAAAGAUUGAACCUGAAGAGUGUAAAAUAGAGCAAACUGAUCAAAGUGACGAAAAACCGGUUAUUGCAAAUGAAAACUCGUCAGAUGAAUUGGUUUCAUCACAAAACCCUUCAGAUGUAUUGGUUUCAUCAAAAAACCUGUCGGAUGAAUUGGUUUCAUCACAAAACCUGUCAGAUGAGUUGGUUUCAUCACAAAACCCAUCAGAUGAAUUAAUUUCGUCACAAAACCCGUCAGAUGAAUUGGUUCCAUCUCAAAACCCAUCAGAUGAAUUAAUUACAUCACAAAACCCUUCAGAUGAAUUGGAUUCAUCACAGAACGAGUUAAACGAAAGUCUCGAUAGUACCAAAACGGUAAUAGAAAAUAAAUCGUUCGAAGAAAAAGACUUAAAGAAUGUUAGUAUCGAUUCUCUCGAAACCGAAACGACGUCAACACCAGAGAAAGAAGUAUUAGAGACUUCGGAAAGUUCUAAUGAUACUUUAAGAGAGAAAGAAGUCUCUACAGACACUCUAGAAAGUUCUAAUGAUAAUUUAAAAACUUCAGAGACAGAAGACUCUAAGGAGUCUUUAAAUACAGACACAGGAUAUAUUAGUGAAAAUGACAAAUGUAAAGAUUCACCAGUGAAAACUACGAACGAUGCCGUAGAAAAGAAACCAGUGGCAGCUGAA